AUGGCUUCUUACUGGCUCACAGUGCUGUCUUUCGCUUCGGCGGCGACAGCAGCUUUUCACACGAACCUUAACUACGCGUCGCCUUCUCGCCGUCAUAUCUCCCUUGGCAUCGACCUUCCGAAGGUAGCAAAGCGCAGUUCUGCCUUGAGAGCUCGUUCGUGGGACCCAGCAGUUCUGAAUUUUACGCAUGGAGUUGCCUCUGGCGACCCUUUGCCCAAUUCGGUCAUCCUCUGGACCCGUGUCUCGCCAACACUUGAAAAUGAUGCGAGUAAUGUGACAGUGGAAGGCAAUGUACCACUGUACAACCACGACACUGAGACAUACAUCAAAGCGAGCCCUAACCCCGUGUGUGUGGAGUACCAAGUUGGUGCUGAUAAGAACUUUUCUGCAAUUAUUGAUAAAGGCAUCGCGUAUACGACCUCGGACAUUGAUUACACUGUCAAGGUAGAGGCAAAUAACCUUCACCCUUUCACGCAAUACUACUACCAGUUCACCGUCUGCGGCUCGGGCAACAAGAGCCCUCUGGGUCGCACAAAGACGAGCCCUGGACCAGACGAUUAUGUAACCAAAGUUGGUUUGGCGGUGUACUCAUGCAGCAAUUACCCUAACGGGUAUUUUAAUGCCUACGGCAAUGCCGCUCGGAAGGACAACGUGGAUUAUGUCAUCCAUCUUGGGGACUACAUCUACGAGACUGGGAAGGGUACGCUGGGCAAGGAUCCGAGGGCCACAAACCCUAGCGAUGAGAUUUUCACGCUCUAUGAGGUAUCCAACAAUGGUUAUCGAGAUGGCUCUAGCGGCCUCAACAAUACUGAAGAAUCGUUCCGCAAGGAUGGAGGCGUGAGCGUUGACCAGCGUAAGAUGAACGCUGUUCGAGCGUACUUUGAAUGGAUGCCUAUCCGUCAAGUAGACAUGGACGAUAACCUUCGCAUAUGGCGCACUUUCCAAAUCGGCAAGCUCUUUGACCUUGUUAUGCUCGACACUCGUAACUACGACCGCUCCAUUACGACCCUGAACUGGAAUGAUGACUACGUCGCGGAGCUUAUCGACGACGCUGGUCGUACGCUAAUGGGCAGUCAUCAAGAGAACUGGUUUUACGGACAGCUAUCGAAGUCCGCGCAGAGAGGUGCUACGUGGAGGAUCAUUGGAAACCAAAUAGUCUUUUCGAGACUCAACAACACCGCGAGAUCGAGCGACUGGUUGAACGCUGAUCAGUGGGAUGGUUACACCGCUAAUCGUAACCGCACGCUGCAACACCUUUACGAUAACCAAAUUUCCAACACUGUCUUUCUAGCAGGAGACUCGCAUGCCAAUUGGGUUUCAGACCUUGUCUGGUUGGAUGAGAUGCCAUACGACCAGGUCACAGGCGCCGGUUCCGUUGGUGUCGAGUUUGCUGGAACCGCAGUCUCGUCCUCUGGCUAUGCGCCGAACAUUACCUAUGGAAAUGUUGCGGCUGCUGGUCUGGUGCGAGACAAUAAAGAGCUGCAGUGGGCCGAGGGCUACUACCGUGGUUACUAUGAGCUUCAGAUCUCUCCAAGCGAGAUUUCCGCGAACUAUUUUGCUUUCCGUAACCCGCUCGAGAUCAGCCUGGCGAACUUUACAGUAUUGGCUGGUGCCAAUCAUCUGCAGCGCAGCGUGGCAAACGGUACCGUAGAGAACGGUGCAUUGCAGAGGGGAAGCGUCAAGCAGACGAAUCUAACGCGGAAUACCGAAACUGGGGCAUGGAAUGUGACGCACUUCGACCAGAUGUUUAUCAAGUAUUGA